UUGUGCUGUUGUGUUUCCUCAAGGCAUCUAUGGUGCGCCUUUGCAUUUUGAUGCUCCAUCUGCUGGAAUCAUUUCACCUCAUGGAGGUGAUGAUCACAACUGUGGCCUUCCACAGGCGAGCACAAAUCCACCUCUGCCUGAACCAGGCUAUUUCACAAAACCUUUGGUUGCACCCACAAGUUUAAAACCUGCAGAAUCCAGCGUUAGUGCCGCACAGGACAAAUUAGGAUCGGCCUUUGCUAAAAAGGAAGGGCAGUGGGAAUGUAACAUUUCUUUAGUAAGAAAUGAACCCACUGCCCCAAAAUGCGUUACUUGCCAGAAUACAAGCAAAACUAAUUCAGCAGUAUCUCUUCAAGAAUUUUCCUUUAAACUUGAUGGGAAAACACCAGCGUGUACCUCUCAGAAUCCUGCAGAUGCUGAAGCGAAGCCUGAAAGGAAAGAUGUAUCUUUUCAAUGUGGAUGCCUCCAGGUGGAUUUAAAUAUGGCAUACAGGAGUUCAAUACGAAUACAGCUGAGAAAGAUGAUCUCCCCAAAGAGUGUACAACAGACUUGACAAACAUUGAUGAAAAAGACAAAAAUGAACUGCCUUCAAGUAGUGGAGUUACACUCCAAUCUCAAGAAACAGCAAACAGGGACAAGAGUGAGCACAUCCGUGAGAAAGGCACAUUGGUAAUGCCUCAUGUUUCUCGUACAAAUACAGCCAAAGCAUCUCCUUGUGGUAACAAUGCUGUAGCUGUACUGGAAGAAGCUACCAGCGAGAGAAGCGACCUCAGCCAUGGUGAUGAUGGUUCUGAUGCUGCUAUAGAAGCUUUAGAGGUAUCAAGCAGCUCUGAAACGCCAAGAAAAACAGUGGCUUCUGCUUCAAAGUUUGUAUUUAGAUCUGAAUCUGUCAAGAGCGUUUUCAGUAAUGAAAAGACAUUCCCAUUUGGGAGUACUUCGGCCAUUGGUUCCCUCUUUGGAUUCAGCUUUAAUCCUCCAAGAAAGAGCACUGAUGUAAUUUCAGUAUCUCAGAAAGCAGAGCAGGAAAAACCAGAAGUAGCUGAACCACUCAAAAGCUGUAGUGCAGCUCAGAAACCUUGGGAGAGCAAGGCAUCCAAGCUGGCUCCUUCAGCACAAGAUGGGCCCUCCAACUUCUCAUUUAAAAAUCCUGGAAAAAGCAGGCCCCCCAGUCAAACAUGAAUUGGAGAGGGAAUGUGUUACUGCUUUGGAAGCUAAACCUUCUGAGGAGAAGGCUAAAGGAGAAACUCCACAGGUCCCUUCCACAUCUGUCUGUGGCGUUAAUAGCAGUGCGGAGGAUGCCAGUCCAGAAGGGACUCAGGAAGAAGUUAAAACUCAAAGAAAGAAAGUACAAGUCAAGUCUUUACGAAAGUUUAGGCAAUAAAUUUGCAGUAUUAUUCUUAGACUAUCUUCACUUAUUGAGAAAUAAAGCAUCCAGCAGAUUAAAAACUACUUGUUUGGCUGUGUCUCAAGUC